UGUCUCAGAGAUAGAUGCCAUGAAGCUCCUCCUCUUCCUCCAUUAACCGACCCUAACAGGCUGACUGUUUCCGGUCGGCCUUAAUCCGCCCUGCCGCUUCCGUCACACAAACAAAUGCAGCCUCCCUGACAGAAAGACGGACCGCAGCAGCUCGAUGGGGGACUGGCCAGCGGGGGCUCGGCUGGUCGCUGUUUCCGGGACGGACACGGGAGGCGAUCUGCUGAGGCUCGCGCCGCUGAUGUGGGGGGAACGGUGAGGGCAGCGCGAGGCGAAGCGGCGGACUGCGCUGUGUUCUCCUGCGGCAGCACCACGGACAGCGGCCAUGACGCGAAUGCGCAGGAAGGCCAUCGUCGCCCUCUUCCUCUUCACACUCUUCAUCUUCGGGACCAUGAUGGGGCUCAGGACGCUGAAACCCAGCGACGGCUUCUCGGACCUGGCGCCCGGGAUGGACUUCGCCGGGGAGAGGUCCGACAGGAAGCGGCCGGACGGGAGAGACGCGUUGGCGUCGCCGGGCCAGUUCCGCUCCGGCGGCAGCGACACCAAGGUGGUGUUCACCAAAUCCGACCGAGACUCCAGCAUCUUCUACGACGUCCACAUCUUCUACUACCUGUGGUACGGCUCCCCCAGCAUGGACAACCAGUACAUCCACUGGGAUCACCCGCUGGUGCCCCACUGGGACCCGAAGAUCGCCGCCAGCCACGCUCAGGGCAGACACACACCUCCGGAGGACAUCGCUUCCAGUUUCUACCCUGAGCUGGGGCCCUACAGCUCCAGGGACCCAAAGGUGCUGGAGUCCCACAUGGCGCAGAUCGAAGCGGCUGCAUCAGGAGUGCUGGUGUUGUCAUGGUACCCACCUGGGGUGGCAGAUGACCAUGGGGAGCCCACUGAGGACCUGGUUCCUGCUGUCAUGGAUGCUGCCCAAAGACACAGCAUCAAGGUGGCCUUUCACAUUCAGCCGUACAAGGGACGGACGGACCAGAGCAUGCAUGACAACAUCAAAUACAUUAUUGACAAAUAUGGAAACCAUGGCGCCUUCUACAGAUUCAGGACUAGCACAGGGCAAGUCCUGCCACUGUUCUAUGUCUAUGACUCCUACCUUACCCCACCCGAAUCCUGGACGGAGCUCCUGACAGCCAAAGGCUCCCAGAGUAUCAGAGGGACGCCUUACGAUGGCGUUUUCGUUGCCCUGGUUGUGGAGGAGCGCCACAAACAUGACAUCCUGGCCAGCGGCUUUGACGGCAUGUACACUUACUUUGCCUCUAACGGUUUCUCCUUCGGCUCCUCUCACCAGAACUGGAAAGCCAUCAAGGAGUUCUGUGAUGCAAACAACCUGCUGUUUAUCCCCAGCGUCGGUCCAGGCUACGUGGAUACCGCCGUGCGACCGUGGAACAACCACAACACCAGAAACCGGGUCAACGGGCGUUACUAUGAGACGUCCCUGCAGGCGGCUCUGUCCGUCAGACCAGAAAUCGUCACCAUCACCUCCUUCAACCAAUGGCAUGAAGGUACUCAGAUAGAGAGGGCUGUACCCAAGAAGACAAUGGCGCGUUUAUAUUUGGACUACUUACCAAACCAAGCAGACUAUUACUUACAGCUUACUCGUCAGUGGGCCGAGACCUUCAACAAGGAGAAAGACAAGUGGCUGAUGUGAACAAGGCUUCAGCUGCCUGGUGGAGGCUUUGAGGAUCACUGUGAGUCUCAGUAUAUGAGCUCCUUCUGACUGUUGACCCUAGUGAUUUAUCUCGCCAACAUUUUCUGCUCAGUAUUUCUUUGUAAACGUAAAAAAAAGUACAGUUACAAAGACAAGCUGUUUUUUUCCUUCCCUAUUUUACUAAAAUAAAGACUGUUAUUUCUUGUACUUUCUUUAUGACCAAUUAAAAUGUCUGUUUACUGUU